AUGAAGUACUGUACAAUAUUCCUGCCGAGUCCCACACCCCUUCCCCUCUACCCCACCCGCCCGCUCGUCCCCGCACUCUCGCCUGCUCAUUCCCGCUCCCACGCCUCCUCGUCCCCGCCACCUCGCCUACUCAUCCCCGCUCCCAGGCCUCCUCGUCCCCGCCACCUCGCCUGCUCAUCUCCGCUCCCUCAACUCCUCUAUCUUGCCACUCGCCUGCUCAUCUCCGCUCCCUCACCUCCUCUCUCCCCGUUACCUCGCCUGCUCAUACCUGCUCCCUCAACUGAAUCCCUGUAUAAUCGUCAAAAGGAGUCUCACACGGGGACAAUGCACGGGUUUGCGGCGGAGCACGGGGAGGGAGGUGAGGACGGGGAAGAACAAGGCUACACUGGAGAACCGACAGGGGAAGGGGGAGGAUACGAGCAAGGGGAAGGAGGAGGAUACGCGACAGUGCAAGGCGGAGGAUACGCGACAGGGGGAUGGGGAGGAUACCAGCAAGGGGAAGGGGGAGGAUACGCGACAGGGGAAAGGGGAGGGUACGCAACAGUGCAAGGGGAAGGAUACGAGCAAGGGGAAGGGGGUGGAUACGCAACAGGGGAAGGGGGAGGAUACGCGACAGGAGGAUACGGGACACGGGCAGUGGAAGGUUACGAGCAAGGGGAAGGGGGAGGAUAUGUGACAGGGGCAGGCGGAGGAUACGAGACAGGGGAAGGGGGUGGAGACGAGGGCGAGGAAGGGGGAGAGGACGGGGGAGAGGAAGGGGGAGAAGACAAGGGAGAGGAAGGGGGAGAGGACGGGGGAGAGGAAGGGGGAGAAGACGAGGGAGAGGAAGGGGGGGAAGACGAGGGAGAGGAAUGGGGAGAAGACGGGACAGGGGAACAAGGUGCAUACGCGCCAGGGGAAGGGGGAGUACACGCGACAGUGCAAGGGGGAGGAUACGAGGGAGAGGAAGGGGGAGGAUACGCGGCAGGGGAAGGGGGAGGAUACGCGGCAGGGGAAGGGGGAGGAUACCCGGCAGGGGAAGGGGGGGGAUACGUCGCAGGGGGAGGAUACGAGGGAGAGGUAGGGGGGGAACAUGGGACAGGGGAAGGGGGAGGAUAUGUCGCAAGGGGGGGGGCAAGUCUAUGA